AUGGCUUUUUUCGAAUGGAUUGCAACGCUGGAAUUAGUGGCGUGGGAGGAUCUGAUGGACUUAUGGGAUGAAUGGGGGAUCCAAAUGCUCGUGAUCGGAAGCAUUUCCUUCCAAGCGGUCCUCCUCUUCGGGAACCGCCGGAGGCAUUUAACCGGACGGUGGGGCAUAUUGAUGAGAAUGAUUCUCUGGGUCACAUACUUGUUUGCCACAGAAGUUGUGCCUUACUCUCUCGGCAAGCUCACUGGACUCCGAGUCAGGGAUCCUACUCAACCCGAGCCAACGACCGAACUCAAGGCAUUGUUGGGCCCGUUGCUUCUGCUACAGCUCGGGUAUCCGGACAAUAUGACGGCCUACUCGAUGGAGGACAACCGACUGGGUUGGAGACGGGUUCUGAAUAUGUUCGUUGUUGUGGCUGUUGUCUCUGGAGUUCUCAUCAGAUGCUUGAGUUACUCCAGCCUUGCAUUCUUGUACAUCCCAAUGUUUGUGGCCGGCAUGGUCAAGUACGGGGAAGGAGUAUGGACUCUCAAAUCUGCUCUUGGCUGGAACAUCGGCAUUAUCGGGAAAGAAAGCAAACCGGUGAGCAUUCCUCAUUCCUUGAGAGACUUGCCCGAGGAAAUCCACGGUCUCGAUUUGCUUGUCAAGGUUUAUUAUCGCUUCCAUUGCUUGAAACCGCACCAGGAAAACUGGAUCUAUCGUCCUGAAUUUAUAUCUCAGCCCCUGCUCUCGAUCAAAGAUUGCUCAUUAGAUGCAUUUAGGGUAACGGAGAUGGAGCUUGGCUUCAUGUAUGACGCACUCUAUACCAAGGCACCGAUAAUUUACACAAAGCUGGGUUUAUUCGUUAGGUUCGUGAGUUUCUUUGGGCUAUUCGUUACGCUAGGUGCAUUCAGAAUUUUAGCAAGGAGUCUGCCUCAAGAUGUAUCCGCAUAUACCAACUACACCUUUGCUGUUCUUGUGGUCACUUUUCUUAUAGAAAUGUAUCAGAUCCUACUAUUACCCUAUUCUGAUUGGGCGAUUGUAAAGAUGGCUGAACGUCAUAAAUGGCCACUCGUGCUGCAUUUCUUACGAAGCCUAGCACUUAGAUCUGCGGAUAGGUGGAGACGUUGGUCGAACAAGGUGGAUCAAUUCAAUCUGCUUAGCUACUGUCUUCAAGAUGACUGGACGAGGUACAUCAGUUUCUUGAAGUGUUUCGGCCUUCGAGAAUACAUCAAAAGGACUUGGUUUCUUAAUAGAGCGGGAAUGGGGCCCGUCUGCUUCACCACAGACGACAAGAUGAAAUUGAUGGAAGAACUGCAAAGGUUUGAGGAAGUAGGAGCCUCGCAACUGCUAAGGUUUGAAGAAGUAGGAGCCUCGCAUCGGUUUAGCAAAAGAGCAGAGUGGACUUUCCGAAGAUUUACUCGAGCACAAGAACUCAAAUGGAGUGUGGAUGGGGGGUUUGAUAAGUGCAUUGUGGUGUGGCACAUCGCAACAAAUUUAUGCUACCAGUGCAGCCGAGGCUCGUCCAAUUUUCGCAAUGGAAGCAAAUUGAUUUCCAAUUAUAUGAUGUACCUUCUAGCUAUUCAUCCUUACAUGUUAUCGGUCAUCACAGGGGAUAUCGUCUUUGCACAUGCUUGCUCUGAGAUCAAGUCGAUCCUGAAAAGAAAAACUUCAAUAAAAACAGUAGAGGAUUUAGCCCGGAGCAUUUUGACUACUGAACAACGUACUGCUUCAUCAAGCUUGACACGAGAUCGUGAUGCAGCAGGAACAUCGCAAUGGGACGUGAUAUCCUAUUCAAAAAGACUUUUUGGGUGGUUGAGGAACAGGGAAGACAAAUGGGAGGUAAUAUACAGUUUCUGGGUGGAGAUGCUCCUCUCCGCUGCCAUGAAUUGUCGAUUGUCACACCAUGCCGACCAACUUCGGCGAGGUGGAGAGUUGAUCACUGUCCUCUGGCUCCUUUCAGCUCACAAGACAGACAAAAUAAAUCUUUAG